UCUUGUGGGGGUUCUGGAAAGUGAAAACAUGGAAAUAUCUAGUGAUCACAAAACGGAAAAUUCUAGUGAACUGAAAAAGGGAUCGCAAAACACCGUGAAGUUUUCCAUAGACUCUUUGCUCUCCACCACUGAUAGUGGUGAUGGAAGUCCUGAAGCGAAAAUCGAAGAGUUGGGAAAACCUUUUGAAGUUUCCAGUGAACAUGGCUUUUGUUUUCAAACUGAAUUGAACAGUCGGCUUAUUAGUGCAGAAAAACAAACGAGAACGCGUGGUGAUGACUCGAGGAAGAUGGAAGACAAUGAGGUUUCCACGACUGAGGAUUUUUAUCGGAGAGAAAUCACGGAAGAUUAUUCAUAUUCGGACAGUAAAUCGGACGAUGACAGAAAGAAAAGACCAAGAACAGCGUUCACGGCAGCUCAGAUAAAAUCCUUGGAGGCGGAAUUCGAAAGGAACAAGUACCUGUCGGUGGCAAAAAGAUGUCAGCUGUCAAAAACUUUGAAACUCACAGAGACGCAAAUCAAAAUAUGGUUUCAAAACAGAAGGACGAAAUGGAAGAGGAAAUACACAAACGACAUUGAAGUUUUGGCUCAACAAUAUUAUAAUUCCAUGGGGAUCUUGACGCCGAGGCCGAUAUUUUUAGGAGACAGGCUGUG